AUGCAGAAAUUCGAAGCAUUAACUUGCUAUCUGCCUCACUGCAGCCGUAAGGCUGAACAGUUUGUCACUUACAAUGAAAGAUAUGUGUGUGGGUUCUGUGUAGACUCUAAUCACGAUGACGACAAUGUGAUUACUCUGAUCGACCCCAAGAAAUGCCAAUAUGCUCUUGAUUUAGUCGAUGUCAACAUCAAAUCAGUAGAAUCGAUGAUUAGUUAUGAUAAAACUCUAAGAUAUAAAUGGACUCAUUUAAUUAAAGAACUUGAGGAAUUCAGAAAAAAGACAAACGACCUCAAAGAAGACCUUCAGCUGCUUGUUCAGCACAAGAAAUGGCCAAAGUUUAUUGAUGUCAAGCACAAUAUUGACUCACUGAAGCAAGAAUGGAGAGAAAGUAACAUCUUAUUGGAAUAUCUGAAGUUCAUGAACAAAGAGAGCACCAGAUUAAGACUGAUUGGAGCCCAGAAUGGUAAUCUUCUGAUUGCUGAGAACGCGGACCUGAAGAAAACUUGUCGUGAGCUUAGAGAUGAGAAAAUUGAUACCAAUAUCAAAUUGAACAAGGCAAUUGAUGGACUUAAGAUUCAGAAUGAUCAUCUCAAGAACAAAAAUGAUUCCAUUACUGCAGAGAAAGAUGAUGUUGUUGGCCAGCUUGAAGCUGCCAAAGAACAAAUAAGAGGACUUGAGCAGCAAACAGCUCAAGUGGAUGAACUAAAAGUUCAGAAUACUAAGCUUGACAGAGAACUUUUGAAGGCCCAAACAAAAAACAAGGAACAAGCAAGUCAAAUCUCUGAUCUCAAAAGCAAUUUCCAAGAUAUGAAAGAAGUUUCUGAUAAAUCUCAAGCAAGCAUGGAGCAACUAAAGACAACUCAUUCCCAAACAAACGAUAAAAUCGAAACCUCUUUUAAACACCUCCAAAAUACUUGUCUAAAUUUACAGCAAGCUCUCUCUGAGAGUAUAGAAAAUGUCUGGAUGGACAUUGACUUUUUGAAGGUUAUCCAGAAUCAAAAUCAGAAAGAAAAUAAAGAUUUGUUUCAAUCUCUCAAAGAAAGUCAAAUCGCAAACGAAGACUUCAUAAAAUCCAUUGAUGAAAUACAAAAGACACAAAGCAUGACCAAAGAAGUGAUUACUCAAAACCUGACCUCACUUGCAAUUCUCAAGGUAUUAGGUAUCAAGAAUGAAAUUCAAAUUCCCAGAGAAGAUACUGAAUUUCUAAACAAAUUAUCCUCCAGCAAGAGCAUUAGGUUUGAUAUGAGAAAAGAAGUGCACAAGGCGAUGAUUACAUUAGUGAACAAGCAAAUGCUCAGCCAUUUAGAUUUAUUGGAUUUGUAUGACAUUAACUUAACCAGUCAAGCUGACAACAUCCACUUCCUCUCCACCUGCAUCCCUCCCAAACUCCACACUCUUUUCAUCGACUUCUCCCCAAGCGAUAAGCCCAUAACUCCUUACCUGCCCCACAUCCUCAAGCUCAAGUCCAACAUCACCACCAAACUCAGACUCAUCUACGUGACCAUGAAGAAGUCAGAGAAGCAGCAGAUAGAACAAGCUUUUAGCGGCAUUCAGCUUGAAUUUGGAGGUAAGGUUUUGUGUUGAUGUGUAGACAGUACAGUUUGUUGUUCAGAGUUUAGAUGUGAAUUUAGUAGAUGGAUAGUUGGACGUAGGAAUUGGAAAAGGUAA